AUGGCUUCGAUAGCUAUAUCUAAUGCCUCCGUGGCACUGCCAGUUGGCAAAAAUGAUAGCCAGCAAUCAGCAGCAGCAACAGCUCUAGGCUUCAAACCUUCAAUCGAGCAGGUUCUCUCAGAUUUACCAGAAGUAACUGGCAACUCCAGCUCGCUCCCCCUGCGAAACUCAGAGACACUCGCCAAAGACGAACAGGAGAAGAUGUUCCGUGCUUUGAAAAAUGUGCUCGACAAUUUCGAGCCCUCUGAUGAUGAAUCGGCCGAGAAUGAAAGCUUUGAUGUGAAGGAGCUUCAAUCGUCACUGGAACAGGCGGAUGUGGAUGCUCGCCGUGGCGAGCGAAAUGCCGGCCCGUUGCAGAAUGUGCAUACCAUCCUUUGCAAGCUGUGGUCCGUCAACUCAGGUCUUCUGGGCCAAGCGGCAGAAGCUCUGGCAAAUGGAAGUCGUGAUCCAUCAUGGCGAGUCCCGAUUGGACAGUCUGGGAUUUUGAAGUUCUUCUUGAAUGUCGUUGCCUCGAAGGAACAAGUUGAGACCGGCUUAUUGCUUCAUUCUUUGCGUUUGAUUGGCAAUUCUUGUGCCGAUACAGAUGAGAACAGAGAGAUUGUAGUCAAGGAUAAUUAUACACUGGCUAUUAUCCGACACUUCUUGAAUCCGGAUAUUAUACAUGUGGCUAUCCCGGUAAUCUACAACAUCUGUAUGGACUAUGAGCCUGCUCACUCUCAGAUGGCUGCCAAUCGGGCUGCGUAUAUUAUUUUGAGCUUGCUGAAAGAUGGCAAAAUCCCUGAGAACGAUGCUCUGCUGGGCUUUGCAUAUGAUUUAAUCGAGCUUUCAUCUGAACAAGCUGCGGGAGUUGAAAACUCUCCCGAAGGCAUCAUUUGGCUCAUCCUGGAACUUGCUUUGAAUGAGGACAUUGUCUUCGAGCAAUACUCCUCGCUGGUCAAUUCUCUGUCCGCAUACCUGGACAAGGAACGGUUCCAGAACGCCUGCAUCGUCAACAGCAUGGUGGGAAAGACCCUAUCUAUUCUACAACGGUCUUUCACCAUUGAGAUCGAUACUUCCUCGAAAGAGGACGUCAAAAACCUCGCCCAGCUCCGUCUGAAGAUCAACACGUCUCUGGCCGAGGUCUCCGCCUCGCCAUUGUUCGCAGAGCACUACCCGCUCGACUCGGAGCUCUCAAAGACUCUUAAGUCGUGGGUCGUUUCCAGCGAGGACCAGCUCCAAGUCUGCGCAUGCGUCAUGCUAGGAAAUCUGGCCCGUUCCGAUGAAGUUUGUCAGACAAUGGUGAACGAACUGAAGAUCCACGAGGAAUUGAUCGCCGUGUUAAACAGCGACCAUACCCGCGGCGCAGUCCUUCAUUCUGUCCUCGGCUUCUUGAAGAAUCUCGCCAUCGCGGGCGAAAACCGGCUUACCCUCGCGCGGGCGGGGAUUAUUCCUGCGGUUUCCCGCCUGUGGGCCUAUGACUCUAUUCCUCAGGUCCAGUUCUCGGCUUCGACUAUUGCCCGCCAGGUCAUUAUUUCGUCCAUGGAGAAUAUCUCCCGUUUACUGGCGCCCCUCUCUGAAGACCCUGAUUCCCCGGCUCAUCAGCGAACUUACCUUUCCCUGCUCCUGGCGCUUUUCGAAAAGACGGACUCGUCCCCCAUUAAGACGGAGAUUGGACGCACUGUUGCCUCUAUCUGUCGUACUGUCAGCCCUAAGGCGCGAGACGGAGACGCGGAGGCAUCCUCGCUGCUGGAGAAGCUUUUCAAAUUGCACGAAGGUAUUGCUAGUCCGGUUGGGUCUAUGAUUACGCAAACGCAGUGGCCGGUUGUUCGAAGUGAGGGAUGGUUUGCGUUGGCUCUCAUGGCGACUACUGACUCUGGUUGCGUGGCAGUAGUAGACUGUCUUGGUAACGAGGAAGUGAUGGAGGUGUUGAAGACGACUAUGGCUGGCGAGCCUCCGAGCUCAGAGGAGGGUGCCGAGACGACCCAGACUCAAGUGCAGAAGGACCACGGUAAUGCACUUGUUCUGCUACAAGCGCUUUUGAAGAAUGAGUCUUGUUCAUUUCCGAUCGGCUACCGGGAGACCAUGGAAGAUCUCGUUAAGAACCACGCUGCACGGCUUUUGGAGGACGGACAGAGCCAGGACACUGCAUGA